UAUUAAUGAGUCGGGUAUAAAAGGCGCUGAAAUUCGUGGUUUCAGUACACAGUCGCUCCAUCUUCAGAUCACUCGCAACAAAGCAACGGCUCAGCUAUGAAGACCCACUCCAUACUUCUGCUCCUGGCUUGCUUGGGUUUCAUGUCGGCAGUGUCAUCCCAGAACACAUACUGCGGGAGACGUUUGGCCGUUGCAUUGGACUACGUAUGUGAAGGACAUUUGAUCAAGAGAUCCGAGCCUGAAGCUGCCGCUUUUGAGCUAAGCUGGCCGUGGAUUGAGCCAGCUAGAGCCUACACCAUGGGAUUCCGUUCUAAGAGACAAGUGGUCGCCGAAUGCUGCGAUAAACCUUGCACUGUCGAUGAGCUGAUGACAUAUUGCGGCGUUUAAACUUCCAUGGCCUCAUUCAUAAACAUAGAUUAGGAUUUAAACCUCAAAUUUCUUCAAAACAGACUUGACUUUAAUUUGAAAAAAAUUAAGGUUUAAAUCUUAAUUCAUGUUUAUGAAUAUGGGGACUAUCAACUAGAUCAAGAACAUGUUUAUUCGUUGACUCGCAUUAAAUAACUCAAAUAUUUACUCGUAUAAUCUAGGCUUACAUUAUAUAAUCGUAAUUAAUAAUAAUAAUUGCAUUAUACUCGAAUAUUUACUCGUAUAAUCUUGGCUCACAUUAUAUAAU